UGUCAGGGAUUUUGGACAGACUGGAAUUUUCCAAAUUGUUGUGGAGCAGUGGAUGGUAAACAUGUUCAAAUACAAGCGCCACCGAACUCUGGCAGUCUAUAUUAUAAUUAUAAAAAAACAUACAGUAUAGUAUUAUUAGCAGCUUGUGACCAUAAUUAUAAGUUCACGUUAGUAGAUUGUGGAGCAUAUGGCAGCAACAAUGAUGCAGGAAUAUUUGCAAGAUCCGAAUUUGGAAACGCUGUACAAAAUAGCAUUUUAAAUUUACCACGAGGAGAAGCCAAUUUACCUGCAAGUAAUAUAGCCACACCUUGCUUUUUCAUUGGUGAUGAAGCAUUCCCAUUAUCAAAACAUAUGAUGAGACCAUAUUCUGGUCGUCAGUUGGAGAAAAAAAAGGCAAUAUUUAAUUACAGAUUGUCACGAGCGAGAAGGCUUAUAGAAAAUACUUUUGGCAUCCUUGCAUCUCGAUGGCGAGUUUUCAGAAAACCCAUUCUUAUGCAUCCAAAAAGUGUUGAUAAAAUAAUAAUGGCUACAAUAUGUCUCCACAACUACUUAAAAACAAAAAAUGAUUUACGGCCAAUUGAAAAUAGAAUGUAUUGUCCUCCCAAUUUUAUUGAUAUUGAACAAGCAGAUGGAAAUAUUAUUCCUGGAAUGUGGAGGAAUGAACGUUCCAAUUGUUUAGAACACAUCAGACAAACCACUGCUCAUAGAGCAAUGAAUGAUGCAUAUAAACAACGAAAUGCGAUAGCAGAAUAUUUAUUGACCCCAGCUGGUUCAGUUCCAUGGCAGGACGAUUAUAUUCGUAGAGGUUUCAAUAAUACUGAUUUCUAAAUAUAAAGUAUUGGUAUAUCAUUAUAAUGUGCCAUUAUAAACUGUCAUUGUAAUUUGAAAUAAAAAUUAUAAUUUCUCAUUUUUA